AUGCACGAUCCCGGAACCAACUUUAAUUCGGCAACGUUCCGAGGCUACUUCAAAGGUAUUGGCAGCACCUUAAGGCAGAUACUUGUAAAAGCUUAUUAUAGCGUCGGGCUAGUGGAACGCUACUACGUCCUUGUGCGACGCGCUUUUAAGAUCGUUACAAAGGAGCUUCCAAAAGCCUUAAGGGAAGACCGGCUUCAAAUGGCUAUCAAAGCUAUCAACGACACAGCUAAACCUAAUGGCCUGGUUCCUAUAUUCCUCGUUUUUGGGACCUUACCGAGGCUAACGGAGCAAGAUCGACUUGCCGCGUUUACUUAA